GUAGUCAUUCCAGCGUCGUUGGCUCUUCAGGGGUAACACAGGCGUUGUCUAUCUGGAAAUCCGUUUUCUUCAUUGCUUUGUUGUAAGUGAGGUUGAUCCUGCACUAAUUCUCAAGGGUGAUAAUGAAGUUGCUGCUAAUUAAUCUUUCGGCGCUUGUCGCUUUGACGUUAGCUGCUCAGCCACGUUGCGAUAUCUCUUUGACCACGGCCAGUGGAUCUGCUGUUAGCAAGAAUAAUGGUUUCUGUUCAGGAGAAUUGAUUUUUGAAGACAACUUUGACAAACUCGAUUUCAAACAUUGGGAACAUGAAAGCACCUUAGGUGGUGGCGGAAACUGGGAAUUCCAAUGGUAUACCAACAAUCGUUCCAACUCCUAUACUGAAAACGGUGUUCUCCACAUUAGACCUACCCUCACUUCCGAAGUUUAUGGUGAACCCUUCCUUUCAUCCGGAACUAUAGACAUUCAGGGAGAUUGUACAAAUGCCGCUUUCUAUGGAUGCCAACGUGCAGGAACCCCAACCAAUCUUCUCAAUCCAAUCCGAAGUGCUCGACUCCGCACCCUGAACUCAUUCAGUUUCAAAUACGGACGAGUUGAAGUUAAGGCUAAACUUCCAGCCGGUGACUGGUUGUGGCCAGCUAUCUGGAUGCUUCCGACAGACAGUGCAUAUGGAUCAUGGCCAUCAAGUGGUGAAAUCGAUAUUAUGGAAUCUCGAGGCAAUCGUAAUUUGGUUCAAGACGGAGUGAAUAUCGGAGCAGAACAAGUUGCAUCAACUUUACAUUUCGGACCAGCUACUGAAUUCAACGCCUAUGAAACUGCCCAUUACUCAAGGAAUACCGCACCUGGUCAAGGAUACAAUUUGGACUUCCAUCGUUAUCAAAUGGAAUGGACUCCAGAUCGUAUUACAUUCAAAAUUGAUGAUGUUGAAACUGGAACUGUUAACAUUGGAAGUGGUUUCUGGGAUCGUGGUGGAUUUGCUGCUAAGUAUCCUGGUCUUGCGAAUCCAUGGAAGGCUGGAGAUAAAUCGGCACCUUUCGAUCAAGAGUUCCAUCUCCUCCUCAACUUGGCGGUUGGUGGUGUCUCUUACUUCUCCGAUAGUGCUUCUAAUCCAAAUGGUAAACCAUGGAAUAACCUAUCUCCCACUGCUCCACUUGAGUUCUGGAAUGCUCGCAAUGCGUGGUUGAACACCUGGAACUACUACGUCCCAGGCAACACUGACUCACAUCUCCAAGUGGACUAUGUACGAGUUUAUGCUCUGUAAUUUCUUGAUGAAAAAUCAAUAAUAAAAAUAUGGUUGUACUGUAUGACAAA